AUGCUAUCUGCCUUGCUGACUGACCUCUGCUCGGAUUUUGUACCCCUGCGCUCUGGGGAUGUUGCGCAGAACGAGAUGAUGGAACGAAUCGUCUUUCUUUGGUACAAGACGGAACUGCGUCAUCGAUCAGCUGAAUUUCUGCCGCACGACACCACCGCCGUCCGAAGCAGCGGAGCAGAACAACAGCGACCGCCCCCGCGAUCCCGCCUCCGCUUUUCCCGUCGCAGCGCCCGCCGCCUCACGCCUCCUCCGCUGCCGCCGCCAUCACCCUCCCCACCGUCACCUCUGCCGUCGUCGUCCAAGCCCCUGCCAUUGUUCCUGUCGGGGCCACCCUCUCCGUCACCACCGUCAGCCUCACCAUCACAGCCACAUUCACAGGCACAG